CCACGCUCCUUGCUGCCCUCCCACAGCGAGACUCGCUCCCAUUGCCUCUUUCCCACACACACACACUCUCUACUUGCAUUCGGUUGCUAGUACGGUAGCGUGUCAGGCUCCUUGUUGCAUAUUAUACCCGCUGCUGCUUCCUCCCGGCACCGGCACGUACUGUAAUCGACAGCUGCUGAGAAUUGUGCCCCGGCUCCACUCUGCACACCACCACCACCACCGCAAACUAAUAUCCCCUCUGUCCGGACACUCCCACCGGCCAGCGCCCCAAUCCCUUGCGAGCACCGCGGUAUUUGCAGCUGCAGCUCCCCGCGCUCCUCCCCUCCCAGAGAAGCUCCGAUCGAGGUUGAUCGCCAGCCACUAGCCCGACCACGGUCACGCAGGGCGAAUUGCGAAUUGCACCUUUCCCCCCCUCCCCGGCACCAUGGCGAGCGCAGCCCCCAACGGCGUCAGCGGCAGCGAUGCCAGCGGCGCCCCGAGCAGCUACGCGGCGCAGUUUGAGCUGGCGCCGCACUUCAUCGGCGGCAACCGCCUGUCGGCCGCCGCGCCCGGCAAGGUCAAGGACUUUGUGGCGGCCAACGACGGCCACACGGUCAUCACGAACGUGCUGAUUGCGAACAACGGCAUUGCGGCGGUCAAGGAGAUCCGCAGCGUGCGCAAGUGGGCGUACGAGACGUUUGGCGACGAGCGCGCCAUCCAAUUCACCGUCAUGGCCACGCCCGAGGACCUGCAGGCCAACGCCGAGUACAUUCGCAUGGCCGACCAGUACGUCGAGGUGCCCGGCGGCACCAACAACAACAACUACGCCAACGUCGAGCUGAUUGUCGACGUGGCCGAGCGCAUGAACGUGCACGCCGUGUGGGCGGGGUGGGGCCACGCCUCGGAGAACCCCAAGCUGCCCGAGUCGCUCGCGGCGUCGCCUAAGAAGAUCGUCUUCAUCGGCCCGCCCGGGUCUGCCAUGCGCUCGCUCGGCGACAAGAUCUCGUCCACCAUCGUCGCCCAGCACGCCCAGGUGCCAUGCAUCCCGUGGUCCGGCACCGGCGUCGACGAGGUCGAGGUCGACGCCCACGGCAUCGUCACAGUCCGCGACGACAUCUACGACAAGGGCUGCACAAAGAGUUGGGAGGAGGGCCUCGUCGCCGCCAAGAAGAUCGGCUUCCCCGUCAUGGUCAAGGCCUCCGAGGGCGGCGGCGGCAAGGGCAUCCGCAAGGUCGAGCGCGAGGAAGACUUCGAGCAGCUGUACAAGGCCGCCGCCUCGGAGAUCCCCGGCUCGCCCAUCUUCAUCAUGAAGCUCGCCGGCAGCGCCCGCCACCUCGAGGUCCAGCUGCUGGCCGACCAGUACGGCAACAACAUCUCGCUGUUUGGCCGCGACUGCUCCGUCCAGCGCCGCCACCAGAAGAUCAUCGAGGAGGCCCCCGUCACCGUGGCCGGCUCCAAGACGUUCCAGGAGAUGGAGAAGGCCGCCGUCUCGCUGGGCCGCCUCGUCGGCUACGUGUCUGCCGGCACCGUCGAGUACCUGUACUCGCACGCCGACGACAAGUUCUACUUCCUCGAGCUGAACCCGCGUCUCCAGGUCGAGCACCCCACCACCGAGAUGGUCACGGGCGUCAACCUGCCCGCCGCCCAGCUGCAGAUCGCCAUGGGCCUGCCGCUGCACCGCAUCCGCGACAUUCGCCUGCUGUACGGCGCCGACCCCCACACCUCCUCGCAGAUCGACUUCGACUUCUCCACCUCCGGCAGCGUCCAGAACCAGCGCCGCCCGACCCCCAAGGGCCACUGCACCGCCUGCCGCAUCACCUCCGAGGACCCCGACGAGGGCUUCAAGCCGUCUGGCGGCACCAUCCACGACCUGAACUUCAGGAGUAGCUCCAAUGUCUGGGGCUACUUCUCCGUCAGCUCUGCCGGUGGGAUCCACAGCUUCUCCGACUCGCAGUUCGGCCACAUCUUCGCCUACGGCGAGAACCGCCAGGCCUCACGGAAGCACAUGGUCGUUGCGCUCAAGGAGCUGAGCAUUCGCGGUGACUUCCGCACCACCGUCGAGUACCUCAUCAAGCUGCUCGAAACCCCCGCCUUCGAGGACAACACCAUCACCACUGGCUGGCUCGAUGAGCUCAUCACCAAGAAGCUCACUGCCGAGCGCCCCGACCCCAUGAUCGCUGUCAUCUGCGGUGCCGUCACCAAGGCCCACGUCGCCUCCGAGGCGUGCAUCAACGAGUACAAGACGUCUCUCGAAAAGGGUCAGGUUCCUUCCAAGGACGUCCUCAAGACCGUCUUCCCCGUCGACUUCAUCUACGAGGGCUACAGGUACAAGUUCACAGCCACCAGGUCCACCCUCGACAGCUUCACGCUCUUCAUUAACGGCUCCAAGGUGGCUGUUGGUCUGCGUGCGCUCGCUGACGGCGGUCUCCUGAUCCUGCUCGGCGGAAAGUCGCACAACGUGUACUGGAAGGAGGAGGUGGGCGCCACUCGUCUCUCCGUCGACGGCAAGACGUGUCUGCUCGAGCAGGAGAACGACCCCACUCAGCUCCGCACUCCGUCUCCCGGAAAGCUCGUCAGGUUCACCGUGGAGAAUGGCUCUCACAUCAGCAAGGGCCAGCCCUUCGCCGAGGUCGAGGUCAUGAAGAUGUACAUGCCUUUGAUCGCACAGGAAGACGGCAUCGUCAACCUGAUCAAGCAGCCGGGAGCUGUUCUCGAGGCUGGUGACAUUCUCGGUGUCCUCGCGCUCGACGACCCCUCCAAGGUCAAGUCCGCCCAGAACUUCCUUGGUCUGCUGCCCGACAUGGGUACUCCUCAGGUCAUGGGUAGCAAGCCCCCGCAGAGGGUUGCCUACCUGUCUGGCGUUCUCCAGAACAUCCUUCAGGGUUUCGACAACCAGGUCAUUAUGCAGAGCACACUCAAAGAGCUCGUCGAGGUUCUCCGCGACCCCGAGCUGCCAUAUGGCGAGUGGAACGCCCAGGCUUCUGCUCUGCACGCACGCAUGCCGCAGAAACUCGACGCCCAACUCGCACAGAUCGUCGAGAAGGCUCAUAGCCGUCAGCUGGAGUUUCCCAGCAAACAGCUCAGCAAGGCUUUCGACAAGUUCUUGGCCGAGAAUGUUGCCAAGGGCGAUGCUGAGCUCCUGAAGUCUGGUCUGGCUCCUCUUUUGGACGUCAUCCAGCGCUACUCCGAAGGUCUCAAGGCCCACGAGUACAGCGUUGUACUCACCUACCUCGAUCAGUACUGGGCUACUGAGCGCCUCUUCUCUUCUCGCAACUCCCGAGACGAGGAGGUCAUCCUCAAGCUCCGUGACGAGAACCGCGAUAACAUCGCCAGCGUCGUACACACUGUUCUUUCCCACACUCGUGUCAGUGCGAAGAACAACCUCGUCAUUGCCAUUCUCGACCUUUACCGUCCCAACAGACCAGGCGUUGGCAACAUCGCCAAGUACUUCAAGGGCACGCUCAAGAAGCUCACUGAGCUCGAGUCAAGGCAGACUGCUAAGGUGUCGCUGAAGGCUCGUGAGGUCCUCAUCCAGUGCGCCAUGCCUUCCCUCGAGGAGCGCACCUCGCAGAUGGAGCACAUCCUGCGUUCUGCCGUCGUCGAGUCACGCUAUGGCGAGAGCGGCUGGGACCAUCGUGAGCCCAACUUCGAGGUCAUCAAGGAGGUCGUUGACUCCAGAUACACCGUCUUCGAUGUCCUGACCCAGUUCUUCGUCCACCAGGACCCUUGGGUUGCCCUUGCUGCUCUGGAGGUCUACACACGCCGCGCUUACCGUGCCUACCAGCUCCAAAACAUCAACUACCACAACGAGGGCGAGCAGCAGUGCCUGCUCUCUUGGGACUUCGUGCUUCGCAAGGUUGGCGAGGCUGAGUACGGUCUUGCAGUGGAGCCUUCCGAGCCCGGCACGCCCGGUACACCCGGCUUUGAGCGCCCACCUCGCAUCCACUCCAUGAGCGAUCUGUCCGCAUGGAACGCUCGCUUCGAGAACGAGCCCACAAGGAAGGGUGUCGUUGUCCCUGUCGAGUACCUCGAUGAUGCCGAUGAGUACCUUGCUAAGGCUCUUGAGCUGUUCCCCUCUGUCGGUGCCUUUAAGAAGGGUGGCGUCAGCCUCAAGGACGGUCUUUCGCUGAAGCGCACCCCAACCAGCGGCGUCAACGUCCCCAAGCAGAACACCGACGAACUCACUGGUGUCCUGAACGUCGCUGUUCGCGACAUUGAGGGCAUCAACGACGAGGAGAUUCUCGAGCGCAUUCUGCCCAUUGUUGAGGAGUACAAGGAGGAGCUCCUCGCGCGCCGUAUCCGCCGCCUCACUUUCAUCUGCGGCCACAAGGAUGGCACAUACCCAGGCUACUACACCUUCCGUGGCCCCACCUACGUGGAGGACGACAGCAUUCGUCAUGUCGAGCCCGCCCUUGCCUUUCAGCUUGAGCUCGGGAGACUCUCCAAGUUCAACAUCAAGCCCGUCUUCACCGAGAACCGCAACAUCCACAUCUAUGAGGCUGUUGGCAAGGGUGCUGAGAGCGACAAGCGCUACUUCCUGCGUGCCGUCGUCCGAUCUGGACGUCUCCGCGAAGAGAUCCCUACCGCCGAGUACAUGGUCUCUGAAACCGACAGGUUGAUGACUGAUAUUCUGGAUGCUUUGGAGAUUGUCGGCACUUCGCAGGCCGACAUGAACCACAUCUUCAUCAACUUCUCGCACGUCUUCCCUCUGGAUCCCACAGAGGUCGAGGAGGCGAUUGGCGGCUUCUUGGAGCGCUUCGGUCGCCGUCUCUGGCGUCUUCGUGUCACCGGUGCUGAGAUUCGCAUCAUCGUCACCGACCCCCAGACCGGCAUCCCCUACCCUCUCCGUGUCAUCAUCACCAACACCUCUGGCUACGUCAUCCAGGUUGAGAUGUACGCGGAGCGUAAGUCUGAGAAGGCUGGCAAGUGGCUCUUCCACAGCAUCGGAGGAACCACCAAGAUCGGUGCGCUCCACCUCCAGCCGGUCACCACUGCCUACCCAACCAAGGGUGCGCUCCAGCCCAAGAGGUACAAGGCCCACCUCAUGGGAACUCAGUACGUUUACGAUUUCCCUGAGCUCUUCCGCCAGGCUACAGAGAACAGCUGGACUGCGGCAAUUGCUAAGCACCCUUACCUGCGCGACAAGGAGCCAGCGAAGGGUGACUGCCUUGAGUACUUCGAACUGGUGCUCGACGACAACGACAGCCUGGCUGAGGUAAACCGCGAUCCCGGCAACAACAACAUCGGUAUGGUUGGUUGGAUCGUUACAGCCAAGACGCCCGAGUACCCUCGUGGUCGCCGAUUUAUCAUCAUCGCCAACGACAUCACCUUCAAGAUCGGUUCGUUCGGACCCCAGGAAGACAACUUCUUCCACAAGUGCUCCGAGCUUGCACGCAAGCUCGGCAUCCCACGAAUCUACCUGUCGGCUAACUCUGGUGCUCGCAUUGGUCUUGCUGAGGAGCUCAUCCCUCACUUCUCGGUCGCUUGGAAGGACGCCAACAGGCCCGAGGCUGGCUUUGACUACCUUUACCUUACCCCCGAGAAGUACGAGCACUUCGUUGAUGGCAAGCGCAACGAUGUCAUCUGCGAGAAGGUCGAGGAGGCUGGUGAGACUAGAUACAAGAUCACCACCGUCAUUGGUCAGGAGGAUGGCCUUGGUGUUGAGUCGCUUCGUGGCUCUGGUCUCAUCGCUGGUGAGACCUCGAGGGCUUAUGAGGAUAUCUUCACCAUUACUUUGGUGACUUGCCGCUCAGUUGGUAUCGGUGCUUACCUUGUCCGUCUCGGACAGCGUGCCAUCCAGAUCGAGGGUCAGCCCAUCAUCCUCACCGGUGCUCAGGCUAUCAACAAGCUGCUCGGUCGCGAGGUCUACACCUCCAACCUUCAGCUUGGUGGCACCCAGAUUAUGUACAGGAACGGUGUUUCUCACAUGACUGCCGAUGACGACUUUGAGGGUGUCUCCAAGAUCGUCAAGUGGAUGUCGUACGUGCCUGACAAGAAGAACAGCCCUGUUCCCAUUUCGCCUACAGCGGACGACUGGGACCGCGAUGUCACUUACUAUCCACCUGGCAAGUCUGCCUACGAUGUCAGGCAUCUCAUUGCCGGAAAGGACGAUGCAGAUGGCUUCCAGUCUGGUCUCUUCGACCGCGGCUCUUUUGAGGAGAGUCUGGGCGGUUGGGCCAAGACUGUCGUUGUCGGUCGUGCUCGCCUUGGUGGCAUCCCUGUUGGUGUCAUUGGUGUUGAGACACGCGCGGUCGAGAAUGUUACCCCUGCCGACCCUGCCAACCCUGACUCCAUUGAGCAGGUUGCUUCUGAGGCUGGUGGUGUCUGGUACCCCAACUCGGCUUUCAAGACCGCUCAGGCUAUCAAUGACUUCAACCACGGCGAACAGUUGCCUCUGAUGAUCCUUGCCAACUGGCGUGGUUUCUCUGGUGGUCAGCGCGACAUGUACAACGAGGUCCUCAAGUACGGUUCGUACAUCGUCGAUGCUCUCGUCAAGUUUGAGCAGCCCGUCUUCGUCUACAUUCCACCUCACGGUGAGCUGCGUGGUGGAUCCUGGGUCGUCGUCGACCCUACAAUCAACCCUGAGUACAUGGAGAUGUAUGCUGACGAGGACUCUCGUGGUGGUGUCCUCGAGCCCGAGGGUAUCGUCGGCAUCAAGUACCGUAAGGAACGUCAGCUCGACACCAUGGCACGCAAUGAUUCCACCUAUGGAGCUCUCAAGCGCAAAUUGAACGAUCCUACAACACCUCAGGAUCAGCUGCAAUCCAUAAAGGCCGAGAUGACAAAGCGCGAGGAGCUUCUCCUCCCAAUCUACGGCCAGAUUGCUAUUCAGUUCGCCGACUUGCACGACCGCGCAGGCCGCAUGAAGGCCAAGGGCGUCAUUCGUCAGGCUCUGAAGUGGCAGAACGCAAGGAGGUUCUUCUACUGGCGUCUACGCCGCAGAUUGAACGAAGAGUACAUCCUCAAGAAGCUCGCGUCCGCUGCUGCCCCCUCGGAAGCUUCGCCCAAGCCCGACGCCAUUACACGCGCUAGGUCCAUGGAGAUGCUCAAGGCAUGGUCGCAAGUGCCGCAGUUCGAGAACGACGACAUGAGCGUCGCCACGUGGUACGAGGAGAACCGGAAGACGGUCCAUGAGCGCGUCGAGAAGCUCAAGAGCGACGGCAUCGCGCUGGAGAUUGCCAACUUGAUGCGCAAGGAUCGCGAGGGUGGCCUCAAGGGCGUCUUGGCGCUGCUCAGCACGCUGCCGACGGGCGAGAAGGAGGAGGUCAUCAAGCUGCUGGCUAAGGCUUAGACAAGCGGACGCUGCGUCUGAGUCUGAGGUGAAGCUGAGGAUUGUGUAAAAUAGGUAUAGAUCGGAAGACGGGGGUGUUGCUGCAUUUUUGUCGGCGCGUUUGGCUGGUAUCUCAUGAUGAUGAUGAGGACUGGACUGGGCUGGGCUGGCGCGACUGCCGUUUAGCGUUGUUGUAAUCUCUUCUACGCAAUAUAGUGUUCCGCGGUGGAUGUGUGGGCGAUGGAGUUGGGAGGCUCCGAGCUCGCCUGAAGCUGCAAUGUAUCACGUUCUAACCACUCGUCGUUGUCUGCCAGUGUCUGUGGAGUCGAUCACUCGAGAUU